CCCAUUACUUCUGGCGAGCUGCGCGCCGUCCCAUGUUACGCCGGGAAGCCUGGUUCUAGUCGCUCCAAAGCACAAAAAUAAAAAGUAUCCCGGAGCUGCUGGAUCUCUCACGACCACCUUUGUAUCGCCCGCCCAAAUCCAUCCUUCAUCUCGAUCAUCUGAUCGCCACGCGCACUGCAGCAUCGCUUCCCUGCCCUUUCGGGCAGCAUCGGUCUCUCCCCUUUUCCCCGAAUAUAGUGAAUCCAUUUCACCCCCCCUCUCAAGACACAUUCCUGUUCCACCCCUAGCCCCUUCUCGCCUACCCUGUCGCCGCCAUGCGUGCUCUCCGCCUCCUCACACCCCUCGCCCUGCUCAUCCCGCCGAGUGUCGCAGAAACUUCAACUCCCAACACUGGCGAUCAAAUACAGGCGUUUCAAUUCGCCUUCACCAGCUCCAAUCUCGUGUUGCCCAUUACAUACACCUGCCCCACACCGCUUACUCUGACAAAAAUCAGCUCAACAAGCGCACAGACCUCUGAUCCAUCAGCGCCAUACACUUUGGUCGCUCUCGUGCAUGAACAGCUUUAUGAUGGUGCAGGAACACAAUACGAAAGGGUGUACUCGGCUAGUCUGGAUAUGGGCGAUAUGAGCACUGAACAGACAAUCUCUCAUCCAUGGGGGAAUGGCACGCAAUUUAUCGCAUGUAUGUGGGCGGCCAACGGGGUGUCAGGUGGAUGUCAGGACCUUUACACCGUUGUACCGUCAGAGCUUACCGCUGAGUCGUACGAGGAUGAAUCUUCAACAUGCAGAACACCAGAUGUUCUCGGAUCCUGGGUAACACCAGCAAGUGAAACGCUGGACGUUACUGUCGAAGGCGUCUCCGGAGAUAUCGCCAUAAACGCCUGGCCGCCCGCAUGCUCGGAUCUCCGAUUUUCCCCCAACAACGGGACUGCACCCUAUACCCUCAUCAUUGCUCCGGCUGCCCACCCUCCAGUCAACAUCACUUCUGCGGACGGCUCCUCUGUCAACUACACCGUCCGACUCACUCACGGUCAAGCAUUCAUGGCAGCCAUGUAUGACAGUGAAGGAAAUUCUUGGGUGUACGGGCCACUGCAUUCGGGGCAAAGUGAUGAUCUGAGCUGUCUGGCCGUGGCCACAGGACAAGAGGAGAGCAAGACAAAGAGCGGCUAUGGCGUCGCUAUCUUGGCCGGCAGUAUAGCAGGCGCGUUCGUGCUGGGUGCUAUUGGUGCAGGCCUAGUCAUGUGGUGUCUUGGUCGGAGAUCAGGUCCUAUGACAUCGCCUUCGACUGAAGACCUCUACGCAAAUCCACGUCCAGCAUCAUAUCGCACCGCUUCCGGUUCCAUCUUUGGCAAACCUCUCAACGCAAACUCUACUCCUCCCAUGGACUUUGACACACCUUCGACUCUUUACGAUCCCCAUUUACCAGGCCCUUCUGGUGCUUAUCCGCAGCCCAAAUUAAGCCCAAUCCUUAACCGAGAAAGCCCCAACUCUGCUUCUACUUCGUCCCGUGAUCGAGCAUUCCCCCGCUCUUCAGUCGGUCAAGAUAACGUAGGUGAAUACAUCAAUCCAUACGAUCUGCCUAGUGGGUACCGCGAUAGCAUCAGUAUGGCGGAUUUCCGUCCUUUAGGUUCACAAGCGAGCGAAAACACGGCCCGCUCUGCUACACACAUGAGUCCUACUGGUUCGGGAGACAGAUCCUCGCAUAUCCAGGAAACAUCUUGGAAUUCACGCUGUUCCAUGCCUCUGCCGCCUACCGUCCAAAGCCCAACCCCUCCCAGUGGCUCCCACAGGCGCUACUCAUCUUUUUCCCCUCGACCAGGUUCGUACCACUCUCUGAAUAGCCCAGGUGCGGAAGACUCGGGCUCGUCGCCAACACCUGGGACAACGCCCACCUCUCGCAUGCGCAACGUCUACGUCGUACAUUCUGACGCUGGUGAUGCCGACGUCACCAUUCGACUUCCAGAUGGGCACAACCACGUCGUCGAGCUUCCCCCUACCUACCGCGAAACACCAUCGCCUGCUUCUGCACGAGACAGUUAUAAUCACGGUGAUCACAGCCCAGCGCUUUCGGGACGGCACAGUAUACCAAGUAUGCUGCCGCCUUUGAAGAGACAUGGAUCGAGUUGGGAGUCGGAUAUGGCGUCACCUCCUCGGCCAAACGCCUUGGAGCUGACGAGAACUCGGGUGAGCGGGUUUAGUAUUGGGUCGGGGACGGGGGAGGAAGAACUAAGGGCCCGGGCGGAAGCAGCCAUGAAGGAAAAGGAAAGGCUGCUGUCCUGAAAUUUUGAAAGCGACUUCCUUUGCGGUAUUCCUGUGGUACAGGGGUUAUCAGGUGUUUCAUCAGCCACUGUUUCAAAAAGCACGUGUCUGUAGUCAUGUUGUUUAAAUAUCGUUGUAAGUAUUAUUCGGUCUACUAUAUAAUAGAGCUCGGUUCAGUCUUGCGUAUAGCAGAGCUCGUGAAUUAUUUUGGUGUAUACAUGGCAUAUUUGCAGAUCACACUUUGGUCUUCG